UUUCAUUUUAAGUUUAGCAUUUGAAGAGUGAUAAUGUAAGAAGUAACAACUCAGAGAAAAUAAAAUAUUGAGAGCGAGAAUAAAAUAAAAAAUUAAAUUCUGUAUCGUGAGUGAGGAUAAAAAAAAGUGAGCAAAAGAAAAAAAGUCAGAAAAUAAAAUAAAAAAAUGGCAAGUCAUUUACUGAAGUUUUUGAAGCAGAAUAUAGUAUCGUAUUUACUAAUUACCGCGACAUUAUUGACAUCGGGAUUGAUCAUAAACAUCGUACAGGUGCUUUUGCAUGUCUUCGUUAAGCCUUUUAAUAAGCGCCUCUUUCACCACUGCAUGUAUUAUGCUUCAUGGACGUGGUUGUCACAAGCUGUUUUCGUCAUCGACAUCUGGUCAGGAUCAGAAAUAAUAAUCUACUGCAAAAAGGAAGACUUCAAAUAUUUCGGUAAAGAGCACAACUUUACGCUUAUAAAUCAUUCAUAUGAAAUUGAUUGGUUAGUCGGAUGGUUAAUGAUUGAAAAGUUUGGUGGCCUUGGAUGUACGCGAGGCUUCAUAAAAAAUGCAAUCAAAUACAUUCCCAUAUGUGGAUGGUUCUUCGGUCUAGCCGAACAUGUUUUUCUACUCCGAUCGUUCGAUAAAGACGAGAAAGUAAUUGAGAAGAAUAUUUCUGAAUACAUGACCUAUCCGAAUAGCACAUGGAUUGUCGUAACAGCGGAAGGGACGAGAUUUACAAAAGAGAAACACGAGACGUCAAUAAAAUUUGCGAAAGAGAAAAAAGUUGAGCCAUUUAAGCACCACUUAAUACCUCGUCCAAAGGGUUUUAAUACAUGUAUUCCAAUCCUUAAGAAACACAACUGUCCAGUUGUUUAUAAUGUACAAUUAGCAUUCGAUAAAGAUUCGGAUGUAAAGCCUACAUUAGGAAAUUUAUUAAUGGGAAAGAAAGUCACAGCUCAUAUUUAUAUUGAUAGAAUUCCAAUGAAAGAUGUUGAGCCGACAUUUGACAAUCUUUAUGAAAUCUACAAGUCAAAAGAUGCAUUGCAGGAUAGCUUUCACAAAUAUGGAAAUUUCUAUGAAGGACGAGGAUUAAAGGCUGAAGAAGGAAUCACAAUGCAUCCGCGUAUACCUGUUCUUAUAAAUCAAAUUUUAUGGACUAUAUUUGAAUUAAGUUUUAUGGCUUAUUGCACAGUUGAGUUAAUUCUUGCCGGUAGAUUUAUACUGUUGAUAACAAUCACUGUUAGCGUCACAGCAUUGCUAUUCCUCUCAGUUUGUACUUUAACUAUCGCUCUAACCGCAACAAUGGCAUCUCCAACAAACGUUGAUCAGCAAUUUGCUAAAUCAGCAAAUUUAUUUGCAACUGAACUUUAUCAGAAAACAAUCGAAGGUAAGCAAGGAAAUGUCAUCAUUUCACCAGCCUCAAUCCAAUCAGCCGUGACAUUAGCUAUGUUCGGAGCAACAGAAGGCAGUGACACAAGAACCCAAAUGAUGCAAGGAAUGAAAUAUCCAGAACAAUUCAGCGCAAAUUCAAUUGCUGACAGCUACAAAACUUUCAAUGAAAAUGUUGAGAAAACAAAUGGCUUGAAAAUCGCCAACAAGGUCUACGUCAUGGAAAAUUACAGUGUCAAGCCAUCAUUCCAAGAAGUUGCUACCAAGAGCUUCAAGUCUGAAGCACAAUCCCUGAAUUUCGCAGCCAAUACAGAAGCAGCAAAAUCAAUUAAUGGCUGGGUUGAAGAUCACACAAACAACAAGAUUAAGGAUUUAAUUUCACCAGAUUCAUUGAACGCUGACACUAGAAUGGUCCUUGUCAAUGCCAUUUACUUCAAAGGAUUCUGGCAACACCAAUUUGACAAAAAACAAACAUUCAAGGCUCCAUUCUUCCUUAAUGAUGUUGAUUCCGUUGAUGUUGACUUCAUGAGAAUCAAGAAACAUUUUAAUUAUGGCGUUUUUGUUGAACUUGAUGCCACAGCACUUGAACUACCAUACAAAGAUUCUGAUAUCACAAUGAUGAUCAUUUUGCCCAACAAACGUGGUGGAUUGGCUGCUUUGGAGAAGAAUUUAAAUAAAGUUGAUUUCAGUGAAAUGUCCAACAGAAUGUAUUCUCAGGAAGUCAAUGUUGAAAUUCCAAAGUUCAAGAUUGAAUUUGAUAUUAAAUUGAAUGAACCAUUAAAGAAGAUGGGUAUGACAAAGAUGUUCUCUAACGAAGCUGAAUUCAACAACUUGCUUGAACAGCCAGAAGACUUGAAAGUCUCAGAAGUUGUCCACAAAGCAUUCAUUGAAGUCAACGAAGAAGGUGCUGAGGCUGCUGCAGCAACUGAAUUUGAAAUUGUGAUACGCUGCAUAUCGUCAUGUGAAAGUCUAAUAGCCGAUAAGCCAUUCAUGUACACAAUCAUGAAUGGUAGAGAUUUACUUUUUAUUGGACGAUUUUCACAUCCUAUGGGAUCAUUAGUUCAUCAUAUAAGCGAAUUUGAAGCUGAGAGUAUUCAUGAACUUUAG